AUGUCUCGCACUUACUCGUCCGACUCGUCGCAGUCCACGGUGGCCACACUUUUUGCGGGCCCCGGGAGGGCAUCCAAUGACACGCCGUCGGAUAACGUUGGAUUUCGCUUUGUUCUCGACAACACAGUCCAGACACUCUCAAGCUAUAAUGCGCCGAAAUCCGGUGCCAUCUCGGGCCUCUUAUUCGUCCCCAGUCUCGAGCCGAGCGACCCAUGUAAUGCAAUCACCUUGCCAUGGGUGCCACCAAAUGUGACUCGCCAUGAAGAUGUCUGGCAGUUUGGAUAUCCCAUUCUCGGCCUUGCCCCAUGGGUGAAUGAUGAGUGCACAAAAUCCUUCUUGGCUGCCUCGGAGAAAGUUGGAAUACAAGCCCUCAUCUUUUUCCAGCCCACCAGCAACGAGACGGGAAUACCACCACCACCCAACGACGAUCUGUGGAAUUUGAAUGAUCGGGAUGCGUGGAAAUCCAACAAUCACUACCCUGUCUAUGCGAUCCCUGGUCCGGCAGGUGAAACGCUGAUGCGUGAGCUUUCUUGGUUUUCAGAUGGUGGGAACAAGAACAAUGUCAGCAACAGUAGCCAUCCAUUCAUGGAUCAUCGUGCAGAGGAUAGUAGGCUCUUUGCCAUGAUUGACAUUAAUGACCCAGCAAGCCAGAUGCCGAGUCUCUGGGGGUUCAUCCUGGCUAUUUUGGGAACUAUCCUCGUGCUUACUCUGAUCAUCCUGGUUCUCUAUCGUGUUUUACAGCGACGGCGGCGGAAUAUGCUCCGCAGACGUAUCGAUGCGGGCGAAGUUGACAUCGAGUAUCUGGCCUUGAAUCAGAUCAAGGUUCCUCGCAAUGUCGUGGAAGAACUGCCCCUUUACACAUAUCCCAGUAUCGAAUCACCUCCCGCAGCGACACUGGCCAAGGACAAUACGCACUCUGGUGUGGCUGAGGUCAACGGUGACAUCGAUUCCGCCACGUCCGCCGUUGAGAACGUGGAUGAAGCUGGUCUAAAGAAGCUCGAGCCUGCGGCGAUCACCUCAGCCGCACAGACUGUUUCUGAAGACCCGAAAGCCCAUUAUCGACUGAGCCACACGCAAACAACCUGCGCGAUUUGUCUUGAUGAUUUUGUGGCUGGCGAAUCCACGGUCCGGGAACUACCUUGUGGCCACAUUUUUGACCCAAGCUGCAUUGACCCGUUUCUCAUGGAGAACAGCAGCCUGUGUCCACUGUGUAAGAAGAGCGUUUUGCCAUCGGGCUUGUGUGAGGUGCAAGUGACGAACGCGAUGGUGGAACGGGACGAUAUGAUGAGACGCUUUCGAGAGAGGCCCGCACGGGGGUUGCGCCGGUCGACCAGACCAGAUGGCGAGACGGCAGAGACUAUGGGUGCCCUCAAGUACGUGGAAGAGAUCCAGAAGAAGAAGCAGUCCGACGUGAUUCGCUUCCUGCUGCGCGUCCGAUGCUGGGAGCUCCGUCAGCUGAACGCCAUCCACCGUGCUUCGCGUCCCUCUCGCCCCGACAAGGCCCGCCGCCUCGGCUACAAGGCCAAGCAGGGCUACGUUAUCUACCGCAUCCGUGUCCGCCGCGGUGGUCGCAAGCGCCCUGUUCCCAAGGGUGCCACCUACGGCAAGCCCACCAACCACGGUGUCAACCAGCUCAAGUACCAGCGUGCCCUUAAGGCCACCGCUGAGGAGCGUGUUGGCCGCCGCUGCGCCAACCUGCGUGUCCUGAACUCCUACUGGAUCAACCAGGACUCGACCUACAAGUACUUCGAGGUCAUCUGCGUCGACCCCCAGCACAAGGCUAUCCGCCGCGAUGCUCGCAUCAACUGGAUCUGCAAGCCUGUCCACAAGCACCGCGAGAGCCGUGGUCUCACUGCCACCGGCAAGAAGUCCCGUGGCAUGAACAAGGGCCACCGCUACAACAACACCAAGGCCGGUCGCCGUCACACCUGGAAGAUCCACAACACCCAGAGCGUGUGGCGUUACCGUUAA